GCUAAUGGAGCCAUCCAGCGAGCAAGAGUCCCAGGAAAGUCAGAAAGUCGACAUGGAGCCGGUUUUCCGCCGGGAAUCAUUCGCCGCGUUGAGAAGAAAUAACGUGGCUGCUCGUCAACUCCGUGUGGUUACCCUUAACGCGUGGUGUCUCCCACAACCCUGGCCCAUCGGAUCUACGGAUCGAGUUCACCGACUGAAUAAAAUCGGCCAAUACAUGAUUGAUGAGCUCUACGACAUUGUCGGGCUCCAGGAGCUCUGGUCAUAUUAUGAUUUUGUGCGACUCAGCGAGCAAGUCUCGUCGGUUUAUCCGUAUUUUCACUAUUUUCACUCGGGAUUCACUGGCAGUGGUGUCUGUGUGUUUUCUAGACACCCAAUCGUAUCCACUUUAACAAAUCGAUAUUCUCUCAACGGAUUCGCUCAUCACAUUCACCGCGGCGACUGGUUCGGCGGAAAAGUUGUCGGGCUUACCGAAAUCGAGAUUGACGGCGAUUUGCGCGUCAAUUUCUACACAACACAUCUUCACGCGGAGUACGAUCGUGAAAAUGAUCUCUAUUUGCCGCACAGAACCGCGCAGGCAUUCGAACUUGCUCAAUUCGUCCGCCAUACGGCUCGCGGAGCCGACGUUGUCAUUGUGACCGGAGAUUUGAAUAUGGAACCGUGUGAUUUGGGCUUCCGGCUUAUUUUGUCGCAUGCCAAACUUUUCGACGCGUGGCGAAUGAGCCACGAAGUGGAAAAUGAGGAUUCCGAAGGAGAACUACUCAAAUUUCGAGGAAUUGCAAAAGGCGGAACGUGUGAUCGACCAGACAAUUGUUAUACGAAGCGGGCGCUGAAAAAUGUGGACGACUCCAAACGCAUCGACUAUAUGCUAUUCAAAUCCGGGCGGUGCAAUGUAAAAUUGGAGGAAUGUGAGAUCACGUUGAACCAAAUUCCCGGUGAAGACCUUAAUUAUUCGGAUCACGUUGGCCUCCGCGCUCGUUUCACGAUUGAUGAUCGUUUUCGACACGAAAAAUCUGUUAACACUUGGGAACCGAAUCGUCCGUUGCUUAUUGAGGCUAUCGGGCUUGUUGCAGGCGGAGAACGUCGCGCACGCACGGAUCGCAUCUUUUUCUUCAUUUUGGCGGUAAUUUGUCUGAUUUUAAUCCUCGGAAGCCUAUUUUUCGAAGUUUUUCCGAUGGGAUUCGCCGUUUUACGCUUUGCACUGACUGUCGUUGGAGUUUUCUUCGUUUGGCAAGGACUUAUUGGCUUAACGUUGGAACGGAAGGCUUUGAAGGCCGCAAAACAGGCGAUUCAGCAGAUUUUGAAUAAUUAAACGCUGAAAAUUGCAAUUUUUAACCCAAAAAUUCAAAUUUCCCGCCAAAAUUCGAAUUUGUACAGCUUUAUUAUUAAGGGCAUCUAGUUUCUCAACCGUUUUAUCGAUUUUUUUCUGUGAUAUAGUUUUUUUUUGCUAAUUUUCCUGUUGAAAUGAAGAAUUUUAUUAUA